AUGAGUAAUCCGCACCGCUGUCGCAUCUCGUUGGCCCUUAUCAGCCUCCUACUAGUAGUCCUCCCGCAACCAUGGCAACAAGCUCGCAGCGCGCGCCUCGACCCACGAGCCGACUCUCCCCAGCAGCCGUCCCUCACGCAGUUUGAAAUGGCCGUCCAAAGAACCCAACAACUGCCGGAAUCCGUCAGGAACAAUCUGCACAUGUCGCGCCUUCUCAAAGGCGUGGACAUCGACGAGAACGACGAGGAGGAAGUGGCGGCGCGACGUCGCCUGUCCGCCGCCGACGGAAACUGGUUCGGGCUGCGCGCGCCGCGGCUGCGGUCCGGGCCGAGCAUGGCGGCCGUGAACAUGUCGUUCUUCCGGUGGGAGAGCGUGCACGCGCUGAGCUACGUGGACUGGCGCACCACCAUGAUGAUCACCCCCAUUCAGCGCCAGUUCCAGUGCGCGAGCUGCUGGGCCAUCACAGCCGUCGAUUCCAUCGCCAUGAUGUGGGCGAUUGCGACGGGCACGCCUGCGACGCCGCUGUCGCCGCAGCAGGUGUGCGACUGCGCGACGAAGCAGUGCUGCCAGGGCGGGUGGCCCGACUGGGCCUUCUCGUACGUGCUCUCCAACAACGGCGUCACGCAGCUCGGCAACUACCCCUACGUCGCCGCCGACUCCACUACCUGCUACUUCAACGCCACGGAAGUGGCGCCGCUCGCUAAGAUCUCCGGAUGGGAGCUGGUGCCGGCGUUCAACCCGCUCGCGCUCAUGAAGGCGGUAACCACGCAGCCCGUGAUCGCGUUCGUCAGCGCCGCGUCCAACGACUUCCGCACGUACAACAGCCGCGACCAGAUGAAGAUCUACGACGGCAUGUGCACCACGGAGAUCAACCACGCCGUGCUCGUUGUUGGAUAUAACUACACCGGGCCCAGCCUCGUCGGCAGCUACUGGAUCAUCAAGAACUCGUUUUACAACACGUGGGGCGACAAGGGGUAUAUGUACCUCGCCAUGACGCCCGACGUGCGCGGGAAAUGCGGGAUGCUCACCGUGCCGCCCAUGUACCCGGUGUACUACCCCGUCGGGCCGCAGCCCGCGCGCUUCGCGUCGAACAUGCGCGGCCGGUGGAAGGUGCGCCGCGUGGACGACCUGUCGUCGGAGCUCUUUAACUCCGCGCUCACCCCCUCGGGGACUAACUCCUCGGCCACCUCGUCCGACCUUUCGCGGCUUGGGUUCGGCGCCAUGGACCCGUGCGCGGAUGUGAUCAACCCGUGCGGCGCGGGCGUGUGCUACAGCUCGUUCGGCAUGGCGCGCUGCGACUGCUCCGCGGUGCCGGGCAUGGUGGAGGUGAUCGCGUCGCCCACGUCCAAGUGCGUGCCGCGCUACCCCUGCUCCUCGCGCACCAGCGGCACCGUGCCCAUCAACCCGUGCGGCGGUGGCACGUGCUCCGACCUCGGCGACGGCUCCUACACCUGCAACUGCUCUCCCGGCUUCGCCAUCGGAGCAGCGGUGGACGGGUCGCCCACGUGCAUGCCGUCUUCAGGCGUGGCGCAGGUCUACACCACAGUCCCUGGCGACACCUGCUCGACGGUGGGAGCGUCAUACAACCUGACGAGCGACAGCCUGAUGUCACUCAACACGUGGCUCAACUGCACAGCCACGGACUACCUUCCUCCCGGCAUCGCCAUCACCAUCGCAUCCAGUCCCAACAUCACCACCACCACCGUCACCACCAGCGCCAGCACCACCACCUCCACCUCCACCUCCUCCUCUACCUCCUCCUCGUCCUCCUCGUCGGUCCCUGCGACGGUCACCACCACGGGCGCCGCGAGCACGAGCGUGUGCACGUCCACGCACAAUGUACGCAACAAGGACACGUGCUGGUCGCUCGCCACUACGUAUUUCGGCGGCAGCAUCAACAACCUCCUCGCCAUCAACCCGCGCCUGUCGUGCAUCCGUCUGUUCAAGGGGCAGCAAGUGUGCCUCGUGAUGAACACCACGACCAUCACCCCCAUGGUUAACACCACUGCCUCGCUCGUUCCGCCUGCGCCUAUCGUCAACACCGGCACCACCACCACCACCAACACGGCUGGGAUGGUGUCAGACGCUGAUAUGGAGAACAAGGGACGGUCGGCGCCUGAGUGUGGGCAGACGUACAUUGCAGCGGUGGGGGAGUCGUGCGAGACGGUGGCGAGCCGCUACAUGAUGUCAUCACGCUCCUUCUCCACGUUGAAUCCCGUGCUGGACUGCAGCCUUCCCCUCCCUGUGGGCGCCUCUGUCUGCGUUGCUGCCAAGUCCGCUCAGACUACGGUGAAUUGCACGUCGUGGUACCGUGUGGCACAGGGCGACACAUGCCCCAUCAUCUGGAACGCUGCCAACCUCACUCUAUCCAUGUUCACCUCCAUCAACCCUGGCAUCCGGUGCGAGGCGCCGUACCUCUCAGUGGGCCAGAUGGUAUGCAUCGACUCGCCAGUGCUGGUGACCAUGCGAGCCAACCCCAACGUGAGCUACUCGCUGCACACGGUGCGCAACGGGGAGAACCUCGCCAUCAUCUCCUCCAUCUACAUCUCCCGCUGCACCCCCGCGUCUGUUUCCCCCGAGGCCAUCGCUGCCGCCAACAACCUUCCCAACAACGCGUCGGCGGAGCUCGAGACCAACAGCACCAUCAUUAUUCCGUGCGUGGGCCGCGCAGGGGUGCUGGACUGUGGUUGCGCCACCUCCGUGCCGGUCUGCGGCGCCGACUAUCUCACUUAUCCUUCGUACUGCGAUGCGGUGUGCAACUACGCUGUACCGAUCCGCGACUCGGCCCCGUGCAACCGCGUGUUGGAAUUCGUGAGACAGCAAAACCGGCCAGUGAACGUGCAGAACGUGGCGGACGCGCUACAAAAGUACAGCAUAAAGAAAACCGCGGUACAAAAAGCUCUCGACGCAGCAGGGGCGCGCGGGGACGUGGCGUUCAAGGACUAUGGCAAGCAGCGCAUCUUCAUGGCGCGGCAGGACGUGCUGGACGUGCCCGAUACCGCCGGGCUGGACGCCCUCAAGGCCGGCAAUGAGCAGCUGCGGGAGCAGACCAUGCGCCUCCGGGAGGACUGCUCUGCCAGGGAGAAAGAGGUGCAGGCACUGGAGCAGAGCUUGACUGCGGAGGAGAUAGAGCAGCAGAGGCAGAGGAUGGAGGAGGAGAACGCAGCUAUGGAGACAAAGCUGGAGGCGUUGAGGAAUGGAGGCAACAACAUCUCGUCGUCACAGCGACAGCAGGCAGAGGAGCAGUACCAGCGAUUCAUGGGGCUCUGGCGGAAGCGCAAGAGGCUGUUCAACACCUUCUUCUCCACGGUUACAGACGGCAUGUCUCGCAGCGUCAAGGAAUUCCAGGAGGAGCUUGGGGUGGAAACAGACGAAGACAUUGGUGUGAGCAUUCAGGAGUGCAGCGACCUCCAGGCGUCCAUGGCUGGAGGUCCCCCCUCAACUACCCAAAAGCCUCCCGUGAAGGGCCGGGCAGCAGUCAGUACUGGCAGUGCAAAUACCACUGGUACCAAGAAGGCGAAUGGAGCUAAUGGGCUGGGUGGGAUGGAUGGCGCAUUAAAAAAAGGGAGUGUUACGGUGCAGAAGGGAACCACCAAGCUUCCAGGGGCAGCUUCUAGUGGAGCUGGUGCAGGUGGUGGUGGCGGUGCUGCUGCUACUGCUGUCGGGGCUGGAGGGGGUGCUGGAGGGGCUGUGGCUGGGGGAAGUACGGGAAAAAAAGGGGCGACUGGAAGUGGGAAACGAGGUGCGGCAGCUGCAGCUGCUGGUGGGGAUGGUGGUGACACAGAUGGAGUUGCUGUGGCUGGAGGCGAGGGCGAUAUGGCGGGAGAGUCUUUGCAUGGGGCAGAGGAGGUUGAGGCACUCACUGCGGCUCAUCCGACUGCCAGGUUGGCGUUUGCUAGCGCGUUUGCCACCGGAUAUGUGCACGAGAAGCUCCCGCUGUUCACCACGGAGGGCAGGCAGCAAGGCUUCCUCGAGGUCAUCAUGAAGCUCCCUGCAGUGAUAGAGCGGAUUAAGGCGCAGCUGGCUGCAGCAGAGGCUGCACGGCGGAUCGAGGAGAUGAGAAUCGUCGAGGCCAGGGCUGUAUACGCGGCGAAGCUGAAAGACGCGCUGAAAUACCGCAAGCAGCAGGCAGCCGCAAAGGCAGAUGCGCAGCAGGAAGUCAUGGACGGGUCUCUAAUCUCCCUCAACAACGCUUUCUCCUACGCCAUGGCUGAUCAUUCUUCAAGGACUAAUACUGCCAAGGCUGCGUUCCUGGGCGCGGAUGCUGCUAGUGCUGAGCAGCUCAAGGCUGCGCUGGUUGUUGAUGAGCCGGGCUUUUAUGCCAAGCUGUGCAAGGAGACUGAGGGUGAGGAGGAAUUCAGGCCGGAGAUUGAUGCCUACACUGGGGCUGUUUUUGGAGCAGCGCGCAAGCGGUAUGGUGCAGUAGAUAAGGCAAAGACAGAUUUCGAAACAGCAGUUGAGGAGGCUGUAACGAAUUACCUCAUCAAGCUGCAGAACAUUCAGACUGGGUUUGAAAAGGAAGCAGGAGAGGCGUCCAAGGAGUAUAUGAAAGAAGCCCGGACAAAGAUAUUCUGGAAGGAGGAGGCUCAAGCAGAAUCUGAUGUUGCAGCUUAUAAGCCGCCUCUUUAG